AUGACCAACUCUUCCACGUCCACUUCCUCCGCCACCGGGGGAUCGCUGUUGCUGCUCUGCGAGGAAGAGGAGUCGUGGGCGGGCCGGCGCAUCCCCGUGUCCCUCCUGUACUCAGGCCUGGCCAUCGGGGGCACGCUGGCCAACGGCAUGGUCAUCUAUCUCGUGUCGUCCUUCCGAAAGCUGCAGACUACCAGCAACGCCUUCAUCGUGAACGGCUGUGCCGCCGACCUCAGCGUCUGCGCCCUCUGGAUGCCGCAGGAGGCGGUGCUCGGGCUCCUGCCCGCUGGCUCCGCGGAGCCCCCGGGGGACUGGGACGGCGCCGGGGGGAGCUACCGCCUGCUGCGGGGCGGGCUGCUGGGCCUCGGGCUCACCGUGUCCCUCUUGUCUCACUGCCUGGUGGCCCUGAACCGCUAUCUGCUCAUCACCCGGGCGCCCGCCACCUACCAGGCGCUGUACCAGCGGCGCCACACGGCGGGCAUGCUGGCACUGUCCUGGGCACUCGCCCUGGGCCUCGUGCUGCUGCUCCCGCCCUGGGCGCCGCGUCCCGGCGCCGCGCCCCCGCGCGUCCACUACCCGGCGCUGCUGGCCGCCGCGGCGCUGCUGGCGCAGACGGCGCUGCUGCUGCACUGCUACCUGGGCAUCGUGCGCCGCGUGCGCGUCAGCGUCAAGCGGGUCAGCGUCCUCAACUUCCACCUGCUGCACCAGCUGCCCGGCUGCGCCGCCGCCGCCGCCUUCCCGGGCGCCCCUCACGCGCCAGGCCCGGGUGGUGCCGCGCACCCGGCUCAGGCCCAGCCCCUGCCCCCAGCGCUGCACCCGCGGCGGGCGCAGCGGCGUCUCAGCGGCCUGUCGGUGCUGCUGCUCUGCUGCGUCUUCUUGCUGGCCACGCAGCCGCUGGUGUGGGUGAGCCUGGCCAGCGGCUUCUCGCUGCCCGUGCCCUGGGGUGUACAGGCGGCCAGCUGGCUCCUGUGCUGCGCUCUGUCCGCGCUCAACCCUCUGCUCUACACGUGGAGGAACGAGGAGUUCCGCCGCUCCGUGCGCUCCGUCCUGCCCGGCGUCGGCGACGCGGCGGCCGCUGCCGCCGCCGCCACGGCUAUGCCUGCGGUGUCCCAGGCACAGCUGGGCACUCGCGCCGCAGGCCAGCACUGGUGA